AUGUCACUUCCGUAUGAUCAACCGAUCGCCGAUAUUGCUCACUAUAUGUUCCAUUAUGACAUAGACGAGAAUGACCAUGCGGUAUGGAAAAGGGCGCGAAUUGCACUACUUGACACCCUGGGCUGUGCUAUCGAAACUGCAGCCACAAGUGUCGAAUGUCGAAAGCUAUUAAAUGCCGGGCGCGGCAAGGCAUCCACCCCCAAUGGAUUUCGGGUUCCAGGGACUGGCUUGCAAGUAGACCCUGCUCAAGGCGCCUUUGAUCUUGGUGCUUUGAUCCGGUACUUGGAUCACAACGAUGCGCUGGGUGGUGCAGAAUGGGGUCACCCUUCAGAUAAUCUUGCAGCUAUCCUUGCUGUGAUGGAUUGGCUAUCGCGAGUAUCGGCAUCGGAGCAAUGCACCCAUGCAGGACCACCGUUGACAAUGCACACGUUGCUUAUUGCUUUAAUCAAGGCCUACGAAAUACAGGGCUGUUAUCAGAUGGGCAACUCGUUUAAUGCUUAUGGAAUCGAUCAUGUGGUAUUGGUUAAACUUGCAUCGACUACCGCUGUUUCUUGGCUGCUUGGGCUCACCGAAGAGCAAACUAUGGCAUCUAUCUCCCAUGUCUGGAUGGACGGACAACCAACUCGUGUGUAUCGGUCUCGCGGUAACACAAUUCCACGGAAAGGUUGGGCAGCAGGCGAUGCUUCUCGGCGAGCAGUUGAGCUCGCUCUUUAUGUUCGGGCAGGCCAACCCGGCGCGGCAGAAGCCUUGACUGCGAAGCCGUGGGGAUUCUGGACGCGGACCUUUGGAGAACAAGGUUUCCAGUUUCCUCGGCCGUUUGAGACGUGGACAAUCCAAAAUAUGCUGUUCAAAGUUAUGCCCGUGGAAGGACAUGCAGUUUCGGCUGUUGAAGCGGCCCUUGUCCAGCUGCGCAGGUUCAAGGAGAAGGGUAUAUCAGACCCAGUGACGCAUAUAAGGAGCAUAACGUUGCGCACCACUGCUGCAGCCGACUUGAUCAUAAAAAAAACGGGCCCAUUGCGCAAUGCUGCUGAUCGUGACCACUGUCUUCAGUAUGUCGUUGCAUUGACCUUCUUGAAGGGCGCUGCCCCUGAUGCCUUUGACUAUCUAGAUACAAGCCCAUGGACGGCUAGCGAAGAUCUAACCCGUCUCCGGGAGAAGAUCUUUGUUGUCUCCGAUCCCAAUCUUACCCAGGACUAUUUGAACCUGGACAAGAAGAGCAUUUCCAACGGGCUCAGUGUCAUUCUCCACGACAGCUCCGUCCUUCUGGAGGUAUUGGUCGAAUAUCCUGUUGGACACGUGCGACAUCCAGAGACAGAGGCCGCUGUCGAAGCAAAAUUCCAGCGGAACAUGUCGUACAUGUUUUCACAGGCCGAGACUGCGCAUAUCCUUAACUCGGCCCAGGAGAACGAUCUGCCAGUCAAUGAUUUUGUGGACUUGCUUGCUCGUGCAACAACCAAGUGGAAUUUAUAG